GCUUAAGAAAAUAUUCGCCGCGAUUAAUUUUCUUCGUUAGAAAAAAUUCACCAUGGGUGCAUUUUCGAAGGAGACCGCUAUAACUAUUGGCGUUGGAGCAGCCGCAGCUGCUUUAAUCCUAACAACCACCUGGUGCCAAUACAAAAAAAGGAGGAACAAUCGCAUCCCCACAAAAUGGAUAGAAGUAGGAACCGUCGACGAACUAGCGAUAUAUCCCUUAAAAGCUGGAAGCGGUAAAAACGUCGAUCAUUUCGAAUGCACGGAAACCGGACCAAUCCUCCUGCAAGAGGGUAAACUGCUCCUCAAAGACAGGUGUUUUUUGAUCUACAAAGAGAAGGACGGUGAACUUAGGCACGAGGGUCAUUACCCGAGAAUGGUUCUCAUAACUCUCGAGCCUGUGAAUGAGAGGGAAGUGAAAUUAUCAGCGCCUGAAAUGACUCCUGUGAUCGUCGACACGUCGCUGCUAAAAAAAAAUCCGAAUUUAGUUAAAUGCAAACUCUUUCACGACGAGCCCACGGAAUGCAUCGACUGCGGUGACGAAGCUGCUGAAUGGGUGUCCAGACAUCUCGGCGAAAAAAGUACAACCCUCAGACUUGGGAUGUUCGCAAAUUGGAAACGAAACUUGAACGCUAAAGCUACGAAGCCUCUCGUUAAAUUUUAUAAAAAUAUGAGGAACGAAGAUUUGGGCAUUUACUCGGACCUCAGUAGCUACAUGAUAUGCAAUCGGGCCUCCUUGAAAGAUUUGGGUGAAAAAUUAUCGACCGAGGCUUCAUCCUUGAGAUUCAGGCCCAACAUUACCGUAAACGGGCCCGAAGCGUUCGCCGAAGACAAAUGGGACUGGGUAAAAAUUGGGGAUGAAACGGUGUUCAGAAGCUUCAAGCCGUGCACCAGGUGUCCGAGAGUCAACGUCGAUCCCAAAACCGGAAUAAGGGAGCAAAAGUUUUAUCAAAAAUUGAAAGAGUACAGACAGGUGACAGAAGAAAAGCAACGAGCCGUAGAAGGCGAAUCUCCAGUGAUGGGAUUAUACGUGGGACUUUAUAAAAUGGGAACCGUGAAACUCGGGGACAAAGUUUACGUGGGGAUUCAAAUCCGAGCCGAAAUGAAUAUUCGCGAUAACAAAAUCUCUCUAAUAAUCGUGUGCGGUGCGACCGCUGUACUGGGGGUCGUGUACUGGAUAAAGUAUCGAAAAAUCACGAAAGCGAAACGGACGGAACCAAAAACAGUGAACGAAACCACCUCUGAAAAUAUUUGCGAACGUACAGAUGAGGGUACCGUGACCACCGCGGCUACCGCUGAUCUGAUAAAAACUGACGAAGAUGAACUAGUGAAAAUUUUACCCAUUGAAUGGAGAAAAAUAGGUCAAGUAAAAGAACUUUUCAUUUAUCCAUUAAAGUCAGGACGCGGUAAACCUCUGAAGGAGUCAGUGUUCGAUGAUCUUGGGAUCACCGCCAAGAACGAAGAAUUAUUUUCGAUCAGAGACCGAAUGUUCGUCGUCUACAAAGAGCAAAAUGGUGACAUAAAAACGGGAAAAAAUUACCCAACUCUAGUCUUGGUAACGCUGAGCGCGGUGGACCAAAUACACGUUAAAUUGGAAGCCGUUGGAAUGCCGUCUGUAAUUUUUGAGGUCCCAGAAAAUAAUGGGAACAAUCUCGCUCCCGUUUCGUGUCUAGUUUGGUGGGAUGAAGAACUGGCGUGCGUCGACUGUGGAUCUGAAGUCGCCCGGUGGAUAUCCCGUUUUUUAACCGGAACUAACAACGGGCUCCGCCUGGGCUGCGCGAUCGGUAGACGAAAAGAAUGUUCGAAAAAAGAAUCGUGGAAAAAAUUCGACGACGUAUUCGCCACCCUCAAAACCGAAGGCACCGGUUUGCUGUCCGAUUUAGCCAGCUACAUGGUCAUGUCGGAGUCAUCCGUUUACGAGCUGAACCAAAAACUCGAUCGUCCAGGUCCUGCGUUACAGUUUAGACCAAACCUCGUUGUUUCUGGUCCAGAACCGUUCGCCGAGGAUAAUUGGGAGUGGUUGAAAAUCGGUCAGAACGUCGUGAUAAGAAACGUCAAGCCGUACUCGAAUUACCGUGAGCAGAGAAAUCCUCAGAGAGUACAAGUGAAUGGAAAAUCGCCGACGAUGGGAAUUUACUGUGGUAUUUACAAAACCGGUGAUGUUAAAAUUGGGGAUGAAGUCUACGUGGACGGUGUUGCGAAUAAAAUCGGUGGUCGCGACGCGCAAAAUUUUUCGCGUAAAGAAAGUGAAAAAAAUGGACAUUAUUCCAAUGCCACCGAGGAGUCAUCCUGAAUUUAUAUUCUCAGAAUGUCGAAAUUGACUGAUCUUUCGAACCACGAAACGGACAUAAAAGUAUAUUAGUCCACCUCUGGUAUAAGAAAAUUAUUUAUUGUACGGACUUGAAUCUAAUAAAAUAAUCAACACGUU